CGUCAAGGAUGGCUCACCUGGUGGUGGUCCAUCAUGCUGUUCUGGCCUUGCUCCUAUCUUGUUCCACAUCCACGGCCUUCUUUGACUGGAUGAAGAGGCCUGCAGCUCCAUCUCCCUCUCCACCACCAGCUCCAGUACAACCUGGGGGAGAUGCACCCCCCUUCGAGAUGAUGGUAUCAGAUGAAAAAUUCCUUGUUGAGGCCAAGCAGAUGGAACUUAGUCCCCUGGACAGCUGCCAUUACAUGGUGGUUGCUCAGUUGAAGUCGACCUGUGGUAGCCUAUCAGAGGAGCAGCUGGCUAAACUGGGAGUGGUCCUUUUCAACUGUCAGGCAGAGGUGGAGGGGCGCAGGACCUAUCGUUGCACCGACGAAAUGUCUUUGAGACAGUGCACAGCAGACAUGGACGCGGACACAUGGAAUGCGUACCACAUAGUCAGCAACCGAGCGCGCGCCGUGUGCUACGCCACCCGCCAGCAGCACUUCCGUCGCAGGGCCGAGCUCACGGUCAACGCUCUCAUCUCCACAGCAACCAGCCAACUUGAUGCCAUGAAAGACUUGAAGGAGGGGCAGUUGGAGCUAAGGGACCUGACUGCAGCCUCCCUGGAUAAGCUGCUGCAGGGCCACAGCGCCCUUCAGGCCCAGCAAGGGGCCCUGUGGCUGGGACAGGAGGAGCUGGAGAGCUCCCUGAGCUCCAACCUGGAGCGGCUGGGCCAGGAGAAGGCCCUCAUCGCCUCUGGACAGGAACUGGUAGCUCAGCUCAUCAAGGGCAUCACACAGAGGAUGGAAAACGUUAGUGAGCAGAUGAAAGGUCAAGGGUCAGAGGUGCAGGAGGGUCACAAGGCCAUUUUGGAUGACCUCGCAGAGGUCAGAGGGCGGGCGCAGGAUAUCUAUAGUAAAAUAGAGAGCAGCAUGUCUGGGUUCCUGCUGUACCAGAACCAGACGGCCAGGUACUACGCAGACCUCAUGGGCAAACUGGAGCGCAUGAACAGCACGUUGGGAGCCAUGCUACAUUACCUAGACAACAUGCACACCCGCCUGGAGGACAGACUCCAUGCCAUCCAGGACUACCUUGGCUGGGCAGGUCUGAGCCUGGCAGCACUGUGGACUUGUGUGGUACAUGCUGGGUAUUUCCUGCUCUGCGCGGUCCUGCUGACGUUUCUUCGCUGUCCGUGUUUCACGCGGGCCAUGCUGCUGCUCACUGUGCCCCUCAACGCCGUGGCCGAGGUCAACCGGCAGCCUUCCCUGGACCUCAUGGGCCUCAGCCUGCUACUGGUCACACUGUCACUGGGUCAUUGGUUUGUGACACAGUUGUCGAGGGCUUGUUCUUGGAUUGGAGGAAAGCAAACCAGUUUGCCUUUUCCACCAACAACUAAAAUCCUGGAAUCAGAGCCGAUUGAGUCCCCUCAGUCUCACUAUCAGAAAGGCCCAUCCUGCUCCACACCUCAGAAAGAUGAGUUGGAUGGGGUCAUGGAGCCAGAAGACUUCCUAGAUCAGGAGAGCUUCAUGUGUGCACCGUAUAGCGGCCAGCAGGUGGCAGAGGCCAGCUUUGUACCGGUUAUGGCUGCACACAACCAAUCCACACCUCGUUUCAUGGUUCGGCCAAGCUUUUCUGCGGCUGUCCUAGAAAGUUUUCCUCACAGGAAUCUGGGCGGGGGUUUUGAGGCAGUGUAUGGAUCCCGCAGUUCCAGCCCCAACCAAUCCUUGGCCAGCAACGGGUCCUUGUCCUGUCGCCAGCUGUGUAACGGCACCACCAGAACAGGGAAGCAGUGUAAAAACAGGGCAGUUCUGGGGCAGGACUACUGUCAUGUCCAUGACAGAGGCUACACGUCCUAUAUCCGCCCUUGACUGACGUCACCCCAACACCUCCAAGAUUUGUACCCUUCUUAUAUUCGAACCGUUUGAGUAUUUUAAAGCUGUUAUUUUACAUGUCAUAAUUUCUGCUUACAUGUGUGGGUGUUUGUGCAUUAGAUAGGUGUGUGUAUAUAUGUAGUCUUGCUUGGUGUUGUAAGAUAUUAACAUUUUUUGUAAAUUAUUUCCAAGUGUCAGUCAUUUGAACCCACAGAUGUGAAUAAGUUACAUUAAGCUUAAAAUCUGACUUUGUUUGACAAAUAAAAUUAUAAUAAAGUGUUUUUUAUUUAUUAGACAUA